UUAGGCACCACAUUGAUUUUCACCGGAAUCUACAACAUCAUCACCGGCCUAAUAUACGGCGUUCCGAUGCCGGUCCAGCCGAUGAAAUCUAUUGCCGCCGCUGCCCUGGCCGAUCCCGAAUUCGGCGUGGCAGAGAUCAUGGCGGCCGGAAUCUUGACCGGCGGGAUUCUGUUUUUUCUGGGUGCGACAGGGCUGAUGCAAUUGGUUUAUAAAUUCAUUCCGUUGCCGGUUGUGAGAGGAAUUCAAUUGGCUCAAGGCUUGUCUUUUGCUCUCACGGCUGUUAAAUAUGUCCGUUAUGAUCAAAAUAUGGCGAAAUCCAAAUCUCUUGACGGUCGUGGGUGGCUUGGAUUUGACGGAUUGAUUCCGGCCAUUGUUUGUGCUUGUUUUGUAAUCAUCGUCAACGGCGCCGGAGAAGAAGAGCACCGUGAAGAACCACCGGCGGAGGGAAGUAAACGAGAGAAGGUGAGGAGGAUCGUAACAAAACUUCCAUCGGCGUUUAUAAUUUUCUUGAUCGGCGCCGCUUCUCUGUUCAUUCGAACGCCGGAAGUGGUGAACGGCGUUAGAUUUGGGCCGUCGCCGAUG